AUUGAAAACAAACUUACCAAGUACGACAGAUGUUAUCGAAACUCUUGAAUCAGUAUCUUCUGCUGUAGCCGAUACAAAGGUGACGUACUCGGAGGGAGGAGACACGAUGUAUGUGCCGAUGUAGAUGCAAAGAAGAGGAUUGCUGGAUUCAACGACAAAGAACAAUUUGAUGAAGCGUUCGAACCCACAAGCAACGCGAAUCUUCUCUAAAAGGCAGACAAACGAAGAAGGUGAUGGGUAAGCGGAAGAAGAUGGAGGUUAAUGAUCAGGGAGGACGAAGUAGAAAGUUUGAAGAGAAACAAGGAAGCAGAAGGGCAGGGUCCGGAAACUCAGAAGAAAGGUCAAGUUCGCAAACGAGGAUUCUGCAAUGUGUUAUACACAACGCGUGUGCUUUCUAUGCAGAAGGCUCGUGGCUGACUUCUCUUGAAAGAUUCCGAUAUCAGAUUGAUGAGGAGGAGGGGUUGACGAUGCGGAAGAGCAAGGAAAUGUGAUUCUUGAACGUGUUGUUCAGAUAGUAUCUUGAGAUACAGGUUGUAGAAGAAUGUUCAAGAAUGAGAAGGGAAGAGAAAUCGGAAGAGGGGAAGCGAGUAGUUAAGAAGGCUGUUGUGGCUGGGGUGUUUGGGGAAAGUGAAGCAAAGUGAGUGAAUGAUACUCCGAUGUCACUGAGAGCGAAUUUGCAGCCGCGGGGAAAGAAGGGCACGACGCUGCUGCAAGUACUCCAGAGGAGUAGACAGCAGAUGUUUCUCCUGUAAUCAGGAUAACAAGCCGUCCAGAGAUGAUGGAAGUCGGCAGAAGAGCUUUGGGUAGGAAGUGGAAAG